ACACUUUAAACCUUGAGUAGGGAUACUAGGGAUUGGAGAAUUUAGGAGUACCGCAUUCGUAUUUCGUGCUGCUACUCAACAAACAAACCCCGCUCUCCCCUCAAUCAGAUCUACUUUUUCCCUCACCGGUAACCACCAUCCCUCACCGCCGUACUUUCCCGCCCUUUCCCUUCUUCAAUUUCAUUUUCGCAAUUCUUUCAUUUUUCACAUCCUACAACUCAAAUUCUCCCUCUGCACUCGAUCAUUUCACCUCAGAAAACGAAACUACAACUGAAUUAGGGUUUUGUUGCCAAACGAUGGGAACAAGAUCGCAGCAAUCGUGUGUCGACGAAGAUGAGGAGGAAUUUAUCGGUUGUGGAACUACGAUUUCGGGACAAUCAGGCUCAACCAGCAGGAGUGCCGGCGGGUUAGCGUCUAGCCGAAGCGAGCAGACGAUUGGGACAGCCGCCGGUGAUAACACUGCUCUCAGAUUGAAUCAUCUUGAUAUACAGGAUGAUGAUGCUGCUUCCCAAGGAGUAGUUGCUAGCAAGAAGAAAAAGAGAGGCCAACAACGAGCUACCGGAGGUGAUAAAAGUGGAAGAGGGCUUCGCCAAUUUAGCAUGAAAGUGUGUGAGAAGGUAGAAAGUAAAGGAAGAACAACUUACAAUGAGGUGGCAGAUGAACUUGUGGCUGAAUUUGCUGAUCCAAUCAACAGUGUUUUGACCCCCGAUAAGCAACAAUAUGAUGAGAAAAACAUUCGUCGAAGGGUCUAUGAUGCUCUGAAUGUUCUCAUGGCAAUGGAUAUUAUUUCUAAGGAUAAAAAGGAAAUUCAAUGGAAGGGUCUUCCUCGUACUAGUCUGAAUGAUAUUGAAGAGCUAAAGACAGAGCGUCUUGGGCUCAGGAAUAGAAUUGAAAGGAAAUCAUCCUAUUUGCAGGAGCUAGAGGAACAAUUUGUAGGUCUUCAGAACCUUGUUAAACGAAAUGAACAAUUAUAUAGCUCUGGAAAUCCUCCCAGUGGAGGUGUAUCUUUACCCUUUAUUCUGGUACAGACACGUCCUCAUGCAACUGUUGAAGUGGAAAUAUCAGAAGACAUGCAGCUUGUUCAUUUUGAUUUUAAUAGUACUCCUUUUGAGUUGCAUGAUGACAAUUAUGUGCUCAAGGCAAUGGAAUUUGGUGAUAGAACACAGAGUGAUAUUGUUACACACAAUGUUACAGAUGGAGGGGAAGGUUCUAGCAUGUCAGGCAUGCAUCAGUCACAGGUUCCUCCUUCAGCUUCAAGCGUGUCAACUAGACCUCCAACAUCACCUCCACUCCCUGGAAUAUUAAAAGCAAGAGUCAAACAAGAGCAUUGAUCUGCAAGAUUAUGAUAUCGUCGUACCCUAAUUAAGCAUGUCUGUACAUUCUGUAAAGAAAUUUUCCCAAUUAAUAUACCUUCGUGAUUGUUAGCUAUCAAUACAGACAAGUCAUUUGGUAGGUCAGCAGCAGAGUGGUUUGUUUGCCUCUUUAUUGUUUAGGUUAGACUCUUUUACUACCAUCCAUCAUUUACUACCUUAGCAGAUUUUUUUUCUCCACAUUUUUUGUGGUAACUUUUCCUGCAUUGUAGCUAGAGAGAUAAGAGAUCAUGGAAUGGAGUCCAACAACAUAGGAUUAAUUUCAGAUUUCCCCGAUUUACAGUGUAAUUUGUAAAGUUUUUCAACUUAUGUGGAUAUUAGUUGUGGUAUUUUGACCAAUGCAUCUUGUUUUGUAUCGUUUGAUAGGGUCCUUGUGAGGCUCUCUGUGGUUUCUUUCAACUUCAAUGGAAAUUUUGUUACCUGA